UUUUGUGGUCUGGUCCACGGAAUAGGCACUGCGAUUCAUCUUCCCGCGUUUGUUGGAGCGGGCUUUUAAAUGCGUUACGCGAAGAGUGGAGAGUGCAACCAUUGUUCGUACUCCAAAACAAGUGGAAGAGUUGUGCGCUGGUGGCUGCCGACACUUAUUUCAAGCAGCUUGCUGAACUCUCAUGCCCAUCAACGCAGUAAGGCUGCUCAGUUUUGAUAGACAUGACAUCACAACGCUUUCUACACUCAACCAGCUUUGCAGGCAGCAGCUCAAGCUCAUCACGGUCGCGCGCACCCAGCAUCCGAUGGCGAGUUCUUACAAAGUGGGCGAUGUCAAGAUCGUCAUCGGAGUCGUCUCUCAAUUCGACUGUAUUCAGAGAAGGUGACCAUGAAGAUUCGCGUAACGAGUCGCAGGCGGUUCAGCAACGUUCACUAACAAGGAGCCCCCGGAGUCCAUUGAAUGGCAACACAAAAUCCAGGUUGCCACAUGAAAACACGAAAAGGAAGCGAGCAAUCAGUGGAGCUGGCUCGCCUCCAAGAAUGUCACCAAGAAAAGUGUCCAGGCCUGAGCUUGAGAAAGUGCCAAGCUCCAGGGCACCUUCACAUUCGACUUCAGUAGCCACUCCAGUAGUUGCACCACCUCGCAGGUCAUUCUGGAGUACUUCUUAUCGUGAAGAGGCUGCUUCUGAUUCCUUGGCGCGAAAUGUUCAAAAUGGUAGAAAAAGUGCACCUGAAGAAAAGUCUGCUGAUGGGUCCAGCAGAGUGAAGCAAGGACAAGCUAAUACAAGUUCGCAGCUUUCUACCAGCAGUCAACAGGGUCUUGCAUCUGGUUCCUCCCGUCAUCAAAAUGCCACUUCAGGACGUGAUGGGACACUGGCCUCAACUUCCAGUGGCAGGAUGACUUUAAAAAAAAAGGCCGCUGUCGAAUUCAGCGCAAUAAGGCGAGGACACACACCUUCCACUUUGCGGUCACCAAGUAAACGCAAGCAGGUUGCACCAAAAAAAGCUGUGAGAAAGCCAAGAUACAAAAUCUUGGGAGAGAUUGAGCGUCAUCAGUCAUCUACAGUGACACUCAUCCCCCGCCUUCCAUUUGCUCGUGUUGUGCGCGAGAUUCUUUUUAGUAUAACUGGUGAUGAUUUUAAGAUGCAGAAGCUGGCCCUGAAGGCACUCCAUGAGGCCAGUGAAGCAGUCAUAGUGGCGCUUUUGGAAGGUUCUAAUGAUCUUGCUCAUCAUGCUCACCGUGUCACAAUUAUGAACAGGGAUUUAGCUAAAUUGCUUACCUUGAUAAAAAGCUAUGGCGACCUGCACGGCUGCCUCUCCUAAAGGCAUUAAGUCUUUUCAUGAUGGUUUUAAUGCGAAAUAGUCAUGCACUAAAAUGACCAACUUGCCAGAUCUGUGUGGUCUGCGUGGAAACAAUGAAAAUAGUGAGAAAUAUUAAUCGCUUUUAUUCUGCUUAAUUCAUAAUCACGUUUGACUCAUCCAGUUACAGUGGAGUGAAAUUUUUUUUAUACUCAUGCUUGCGUUUUACUACAUACUAUUUGAGGUGUCAGAUAGUACAAAUAAAGUUGUUUAAAAGCUUC